CAUUAAGCCACCCAUUUCCUUUUCUUAUGUGUUUUUUCACUGCCAAGUAUUAAAGAUCGCCGCGGCCAGACCUCCUCUCUGACAGGGCGCUGGACGCCCCAGCCGAUUCGACGAACUCCCCAACAGGGUUGGUCGGCCCCCGGCCAGCCCUCGUCUCCUGUUGCAGCUUGGGGCACCCAGCGACAAGGGCGAUCCGUUGUUGGCUUGAACACGUUCUCCCAGACUGGGGCCGCGGUGUGCCCCAGACCCACAUGUCAGGCGUUUUGUCGCCUGUAGCGAGCUGCAGGCAGCAGGAGAAGACCAGCCGGCAGGCUGUGGAGGAGGGCGGUAGCAUGAUCCACUGCAGAAAAAACUGGAGGCAGGCCACGCUGGCAUGCACGGUGGCAGCGCUGGCAUGCACCGCCCUCGGCCUCUGCUUUGGCAGCUUGCCCGGUGCCACCGCUAGAGCCAGCUCGAAUACCGGCAGCAGCAGCAGUGUGGAAAUCGUGGCAGCAGCCACCGGGUGGCGAGACAGCCUGCCAGUCAGCAGGCAGCGGCCCACCCGCAUCCUGCUGCAGCAGAAGGGGUCACCCGACCCGGCGCUUCAGUUAGGCUGGCUCCAAGAGCCACCUGGGGGCUGGCCCAGCUGGGAGACGCCCCUAGAUGAGCCUGCCGGCAGCGAGGACGGCGUGGUGGUUGCUGCCGCAGCCACCGCUGUGGCGACACGCAGCCAGCCUUCGAGCAAGAGCUCCGAUGCGGCUAAGGUAGUGGUGGAGCAGGUCGCCUGGCACCUGAGCACCGCUGCCGCGGCGCAAGAGGCGCGCGCCCGCGCUGCCAGCGCUGCGCUGCUGCUUGCCGACCUGCAGCCGCAAGAGAUCAGCACGCGCUCGCUGCCCGUCGAUGCGCCAGCGGAUGGCGCCGCGGCCGGCGACAGCCAUCUCCCAGAUGUGAACACGGUCGCCAUAGCAGCUGCGGCGGCAGCCAAGGGAGGGGACAGCGAGGUGCUGUCCACCGCAGCAUUCACUCCAAAGCAGUCGCCCAAGCCGAGCCCGCGGCCGCCUCCUAAGCCCAGGCCCAAGCCCCGCCCUCCGCCCCCCAAGAAGAGCCCUCCGCCGCGCCCCCGGCCCAGGCCCAUCCCCAGGCCCAAGCCCAAGCCCCCUGCCGCCAAGCCCAGCCCGCGCCCCAGCCCCAGGCCGGCCCCCAAGCCGGCCCCCAAGCGCUCGCCCCCACCCCCCAAGAAGCAGACGACGCAGGGCGCGGGCGCCAGCCCGGCGCCCAAGCCCCCCCCGGGCCUGGCGACGCUGCCAAACACCGUGUACCGCGCCGCCUCCCUGCCUCCGCCCUUCCACGGAGACUCCCCGCCCACAGGGCUGGUGCGGCCGGCCGCGGCGCUGCCCGGCGGCUGCCCCGGCGGCAGCAGCGUGAUGCGGUUUGGGGCGCGAGGCAACGGCGUGACGAGCGAUGUGCUGGCGCUGCGGUACGCCGACCGCUCGCCUGGCGUGAGCGUGCUGUACUUCCCGGUGGGGGCGUACCGCAUCACCGCCAACCUCGUCCUCUCCAAGCCAGUGCUCAUGGGCGCCAGGACAAGGUUCAUCGUGGAUGCCGGCGUGAAGCUGACCCUGAGCAAGCCGCCCAGGCGUGCGCCCAUCUGGUUUGACCCCAUGUUCACUGGCGCAGGCAAGGUCCAGAUGGGGAACGGUGUGGCUGAGGUGUACCCGGCGUGGUGGAGCGACUUCUCGCUGUCGGAUGACCAGGUGCUGCAGCUGGCCAUCAGGAGCUGCCUGUCCACCUGCACGGUACUGCAGUCCCGCUCCCUCUUCCUCCAGCGGGCCGUCACGCUGUCCCCCACCGUCGGCGUGUUCAGCACAGCCAAUGCCGGCAUCGCGGCCGCCAGGCAAUCCACAGGGGAGGGCCUGGUGCUGCCUGCGGGCUCCUACAGGCGCCCCAUGGUGCUCACGAGCGUGCGCAGCUUCAGCCGCUUUGGCGUCAAAGUCAUGGGCGGGGUGCGCGACCUGGACCUACAGGCGGGGCACAUCACCGACAACGGCGACGGCAUCCUGUUCCAGGGUGCGGCGGGCAGGGCGGCCGCCAUCUUCAACACCACCGUCAGCCACGUGUCGGUCAUGCAGUCCAACCAGCAGACGGUGGCCUUCAGCUCACCCGCCCCGGGGGCCACCUUUGCGGGCGUCACCGUGCGCAUCAACUUCCUGCUCACAGGCGGCUUCCAGGCCCCCAGCCAGCCCAGCGCGGGCGUGCUGUUCCGCGGGGCCCCGCCAGAGCUGCGCCGCACCCAAGUCAUUGUGCAGACCAGCGGCCCCGUCAGCAACUUUGUGUUCCGCUCCGACUGCUGGAACGGCGGCUACGCGAUGCCCGGCACGCAGGUGUCAGGCGCCUUCCGCAACUCUUCCUUCCGCAUCUUCUUCUCGGACUUGGUGGGGGGCGGUGUGUGGAGCUUCAAGGCCGGCAGCGCCAACAACUGGGUGUCCAAGCAGGAGGCGGCGGCACCCGCCACCUUUUGGUCCCUGGUGGGCGCCCCCGGCACCCUGGCGCAGUUCAUCGGCGCCAACCCGGGCUCCCCCCCGCAGCCCUUCCCGCUGCAGUUUGCGAGCCCCGUGAGGCACCAGAGCUUCUGGGUGGCGCUGAUGACGGGCAGCGACUGGGCGCCGGGCCAGCAGCUCACCUACUACCUCCACACCUACUUUGCCUCACCCGCCCUAAGCGGCUCCAGGAUGGGGUGCAUCCCCUUCCAGCGCUUCAACCCCGGCAUCUACUGCCUGUCUGUGGCCAGCGCGCCGCUCCCCAACGAGCCCUACCGCGUCGCCAUCAAGCUGAUCAACCUGAGCAGGAAAGUGCUUCCUGCCCAGAGCGCCCAGUAUUUUGGCGUUCAAAUCGGCCCUGGCUGAGCUCGCCGGCGUCAAGGCACUCCCUAGGCGCUGAGCACUGGUUGCUGCAGCGAUGCCCGAUUUCAUUCACUCCAGCCGAUACUGAAAUGGAGUUUUUCUUCCUUCAGCAAGUGGCAGGGCCCCUUCCCUCAAUCUUCAUCACGCCAACAGUCCCCUAUCCAUAUGUCUGCCCUCAUUCGUCACACGUCAAACGACCAUGCCACUGCCUGCGCCGUGCAUGUCGUUCGGGGUGCUGUACAUUCCCGCACAUCCCUUGUAUUCUCCGCAUUCCUUGCCCGCCUUGUUUCAUGAGCACCACAGCUGUACCCACAGCACGCCCCCUCCACCCCGCACCACCCACCCACCAUUGCUCCACAGCAAUACGACGCAUGAUGCGUUUGGUGGUCAACCACCGUGCUGCGCAGCGAAUGAACCGCGACUGAACACACAUUUGUUCACAACGCAUACACACACUAACGCAUGUGGCUGUUGCCAUGUGCUGACCCCUCAUGUUCCCGCUCGUCUCACCCUGCCGCUCCCCUCCCACUCUACAGUCUCAUCAUUUCCUAGCGUGUUUCCAGUUUGGUCUUUCUUCUCAAUUUCUUCGCUACAGAGAGAGAGCACGUCCAGCCACUUUGCCCCUGCCUCCCGUGCUCACAUCUGUGGCACACAAUUGCAUACCCGCUGGGCCAAUCAAUCACUCCAGCUCAGUAAUACACAUACUC